AUGGUUGCUAACGGCCUCAUCAAACCGUCGUCUACGGCAUUGCCGGAAGCCAAUGGGUUUAUAGAAGACUUCGCACAACAGGCCGAGAAGCUGUCACACCAGCGGCCAGUCAAUGGCGACGGCCACCUCGCGGUCGAGGCGCGCUUUGUGACACCCCAAGAUCCCGUCCUCAUCCAGGAUGACGGCAGCCGCCUCCCCCCAGUUCCCCUGGAGGAAGCCUACAAGUUGAAUGUCCUGAGGAGGGAAGUAAUAGAACGCGCCGGCUCGGUUGCCAAAGCCAUCGAGGGGAGCCGGGAAACCCGCGCAGGGGGCGAUAAGACAAGCGAACCCCAUGGAGAAAAGACGACUGCCCAGACCAUCGGACAGAGGUCGCAUAGGUCAACCAGUGGUAGCCUGCGCAGAAGCCAGCCGCCGUCACACACAAACCCCCUGUUUCCGCCGCUACCGCUCUACGGACCCCCUUCUCUUGGGAGGGACAUUCAGUGUUUUAUUUUUCGAGUCUCGUCUUUUUUCUUGAGCCUGGGCUUCCUCGGAGUCAUUGUGCUUGGCUCGCUUUUCACCAGCCUGCCGCCCUUCUUUCGGUGGGUCUGGCUGAAAGCAACAUAUCGGGAUCCAGACCUCAGCCGCCCGUUCUACGAGGAAGAACAGCGGAGGAAGGAGCUGAGAAUCCAAGCGGAACGCCAGUGGAAACAGCGCAGGCGGUCAGCCUCCCACUCACAGAGUGAUGACGGGGAAGUCAACGAUACCGGCAAUGAUGGUUUCGUGCCUACCGAGGGCGGCCCGGAUCCCAUAGUCUGCGAUGCGGGCUACUACGCUCGCCGAGUGGGCCUCGAUGUCGAGACGUUCGAGGUCCAGACCGAGGAUGGCUUCAUCAUCGACCUCUGGCAUGUCUACGAUCCACGCGAACACACUCCACUUCCCCAAGAGGAACGAGCCCACUGUGGUCCCGAGGUGUUUGGAAAGCCCAGAAAGGGAUUCCCGCCCCAGGCUGACCAGAAACCAAAGUUUCCCGUCCUCAUGAUGCAUGGCUUGUUGCAGAGCUCGGGCGCAUAUUGUGUCAAUGACGAAGACUCGCUGGCCUUCUUCCUCUGCAAGUCGGGUUACGACGUCUGGCUUGGUAACAACCGGUGCGGCUUCAAGCCGAAGCAUGUCUUGCUGGAUUACUCGGACCCUCGGAUGUGGUGCUGGAACAUACGACAGAUGGGCGUUUUCGACCUGCCCGCUCUUACCUCUCGGGUGCUGUACGAGACCGGCUUUGAGAAGAUAGGGCUCAUCUGCCACUCGCAAGGCACGACGCAGACCUUUGUGGCCCUGGCCAAAGAACAGCGGCCUGACCUCGGCGAGAAGCUGACCGUCUUCUGUGCCCUCGCGCCGGCUGCAUACGCCGGUCCGCUGAUCGGCAAGAUGUACUUCAAGUUCAUGCGUGUCAUCACGCCCGCAAUGUUCCGGCUCAUGUUUGGUAUUGGCCCCUUCAUCCCCUUCAUGAUGGCGAUGCACAGGCUACUGAGCCCGCGGAUGUAUGGCUGGAUGGGAUACAAGGUAUUUUCGUUUCUCUUCAACUGGACCGACAAACGCUGGGACUGCGGACUGCGCGACCGGAUGUUCCAAUUUGCCCCCGUCUAUGUGAGCGCCGAGUCGAUGCGGUGGUGGCUGGGCCGCGAGUGCUUUGCUAAGCACAAGUGUAUACUGUCCACUAAAGAAGAAUGGCGUGCCGAGGACCGCGAGGACAGCGCGCACGACGACUCGGUCUUGGCCGCCGCGGCAUCGAGCCACGGGCGGCGAGCCAAGGGCGCAAAAGCAUGGUACAACCACCAAGUGUGCCCCUUCGCACUGUGGAUUUGUGGGAACGACUGCUUAGUCGACGGCGAGAAGCUGCUCCGGCGGUUCCAGCGGGGGCGUGAACCGCACGUCCGGCUUGUGCAUAGCAAGGUCAUUGAUGAAUACGAGCACCUCGACGUCAUCUGGGCCAUGGACGCAGUUGACAAGGUAUUCAGAGAGGUGCGCGAGGUGCUGUGGAAGACGUGCAACGUGCGUGAGCAGUGCCGGACGCCGAGAGGGUGCGGAGACGUUGCCGAGUGGACGCCGCCACCGUCCCCCGGGGAAGACGGUGACGGCAACAGAGACGGCGGCGGCGACGAGGACGGCGACGGCGGUGUGCAGUCGAACGGCAGCGGCAGCAGUAGCAGCGGCGAAGAGCUAUCCCCGGAAUGA